ACAUCAAGCAGUCACGCCUUCACCUCAAGCAGCUACGGCCCCACACCAAGCAGCCACGCCCCCACCUCAAGCAGCCACGCCCUCCCAGAGCAGCACAGGUAUCACCCCCAAAACCCGAGGCGACCUCACAAGGAGGGGUCAGAUGCAGAUCUCAGGCCAGGCUCCGCCCACUCCUUGAGGCAGGGAGAGAGAACCAAUCAGCUGGGAGGGAGGGUUCACUUCCAGGGAGACAGAACCAAUCGGCUGGGAGGGAGGAUUCACCUACAGGGAGACAGAACCAAUCGGCUGGGAGAGAGAGCUUAUCGGCAGGGAGAGAGGAUUCACCUACAGGAAGAGAGAGACAAUUAUCAGGGAAAGAGGAUUGGCCUACAGGGAGAGAGAGCCAAUCAGAUCCCUGGAAGGAUCCUCCAUUUGGGAGUGGGGUCCAGUGAGCAGGGAGAGAGAUCUAGCCCACGGGGAGAGAAAACCAAUCAGCAGGGAGAAAGGAUCCACCAGCUGGAAGAGACAGCCAAUUAUCUGGAAGAGAUGAUCCACCAGCUAAGUGAUGCAACCAAUCAGCAGGUAGAAGAGAGCCAUCAGCUGAAAGAGACAGUCGGACAACACAAAGAGCCAGCCAAUCGGAAUGUAGAGAGUGUCCACCACCACCACCACCAUCACGAACCAGACUGGAGGGUGUGGCCCUCUGAAGCCCAGAGCCCUGAGGACUUCCCCCACCCCCCAGGAGGGGGCGCCCCUUCACCUCCAGACCAGCCAAGGGUCUUAGAGCUCACCAGACCGCUCCUCACACCCACACCCGACCAACAGAGACAAGACGAGCACCAUGCAAGCCUGGUCAUUAGAGAGCAGAGCCAAUCAGAACAGACCAUGAGGGAGCAGAGCCAAUCAGAGCACAGUGAAGAGGUACAGUGCCAGAUCCAAUUCAGUGAAAGGGAUGGGAACCAAUCAGAGCAGCAGAGGGAUGGGAACCAAUCCAAGCACAGUGAGAAGGGUCAGAACCAAUCAGAUGACUGUGGGAGGAGCCAAUCAGAGCUGGAGAGAGAUCAGAGCCAAUGGGACGGAAGAGAAACCCAGAUGAAGACUCGCUGGGAGGAGCAGGGCCGAGACGAGAGGAGAGGCAGAGGAGGCCAGGAGUGUGUGGGUCAGAACCAAUCAGAGCACUGUGAUAGCAGCCAAUCAGAGCUGGAGAGAGGCCAGGAGUGUGUGACGGACGCACGGCAGGAAGAGGACCAGGGUACGAGGGAGAGUGGGGGGCAAGAAAGGGAGUUUAUGAUGGACCGAAGCCCCUCCCAUCCCCCCUCUAAGAGCUUUCAUUGGCAGAGGGAUGGGGUGUGGGCGGAGACCCAGUGGAACCCCCCUCUGGCCACUCAGAACUCCCUGUCGGAGAGCUGUAGGCCCCGCCCUGCUGAGGGCUCACAGGCUGGGAUCCUGCCGUACUGGUCUGAGCGACCACAUCAGGCCACACCCACUCCUCUUGUCACACCUCUUUACCAGGAUACAGUCAACAAUCAGACCACACCCACACAUGCCACGCCCUUUCACCAGACCACACCCACUCCUCUUGUCACACCUCUUUACCAGGCCACACCCACUCCUCUUGUCACACCUCUUUACCAGGAUACAGUCAACAAUCUGACCACACCCACAAAUGCCACGCCCUUUCAGCAGACCACACCCACUCCUCUUGUCACACCUCUUUACCAGGCCACACCCACUCCUCUUGUCACACCUCUUUACCAGGAUACAGUCAACAAUCUGACCACACCCACAAAUGCCACGCCCUUUCACCAGACCACACCCACUCCUCUUGUCACACCUCUUUACCAGGCCACACCCACUCCUCUUGUCACACCUCUUUACCAGGAUACAGUCAACAAUCUGACCACACCCACAAAUGCCACGCCCUUUCAUCAGACCACACCCACACAUGCCACGCCCUUUCAUCUGACCACACCCACUCAUGCUAUGCCCUUUCAUCAGGCCACACCCCUUCGACAGGUGUCUGUUGGGUCCCGGCUGCACCGCUAUGAUGAACAGUCGGGCAGCGAGAGUGACGGGGAGGACGGCCAAUGGGAGGCUACUUCCCCCAUCAGGGAGGAGGAGGAGGAGGAGCUUCAGGACCAUCAGUCAGCUCUGAUGGGACUGUUAGACUCUGUUUCAUCCAAUCAGAAAGCCCCGAUGGAGCCGGUUCCAUUCAAUCAAACUGCAGGGAUGGAGUCUGUUCUUUCCAAUCAGAGUGUGGGGGUGGAGUCUGUUCCAUCCAAUCAGUCUGCAGGGAUAGAGUCUGUCCUGUCCAAUCAGAGUGUGGGGGUGGAGUCUGUUCCAUCUACUGAGAAUGUAGGGCUGAAGUCUGUGCGUGACGGUGGAGAUGUGUGUGACGGUGGAGAUGUGGUCUCUGUGCGUGACGUGUGUGACGGUGGAGAUGUGGUCUCUGUGUGUGACGGUGGAGAUGUGGUCUCUGUGCGUGACGGGCGUGACGGUGGAGAUGUGUGUGACGGGCGUGACGGGCGUGACGGUGGAGAUGUGGUCUCUGUCUCUGUGUGUGAUGGUGGAGAUGUGGUCUCUGUGCGUGACGGGCGUGACAGUGGAGAUGUGGUCUCUGUGCGUGACGGGCGUGACAGUGGAGAUGUGGUCUCUGUGCGUGACGGGCGUGACGGUGGAGAUGUGGUCUCUCAGGCCAUCCGGGACAUCAGAGAGGCCGUGGAGAAGGGGAAGCAGCGGGCGGUGCGAUCGCGGUACACCCCUGACGCCCCCUCUGAGCCAGUGUGGGUGAUGAGACCCCCCUCCCCCGAAACGGAUAAGAUCCCCCUCUACCACUGCACCCACCAAUCAGACAACAACCUGCUUUACCACUGUCAGCCUCCCACCCAAUCAGACAACAACCUGCUUUACCACUGUCAGCCAACCGCCCAAUCAGACAACAACCACUUGUACCGCUGCCCCACCCAAUCAGAGAACAAUCUGCUUUACCACUGUCAGCCAACCGCCCAAUCGGACGCCAGCCCCCUCUACCACCGUCCCCUCCUCCCACAUGCAGACUCCAGCCCACUGCUGCAGCGCCUGCAGAGAGAGUACCCAAUCCCAGAAGCCUUUGCUCCGCUGGGGAAGGAGAACUUGAGAACACAGCAGCUCUGUGACGUGACGGACUGCUCCAGAGUCCCUUAUGACGAGCCGCCCAGGAGUCUGGCCUCGUUCCCAAUGUUCGUGGACGUGCCGGGCCCCUGUGACUCAGUGGACCUGAUAGACGGGGUUCUGUUCGCCGCUGUGUAUCUGGGCUGCACCCAGGUGCUGUCGGACCGGAACCCCAGUAAGAACGCACGCAUGCAGCAGGCCCAGGAGGCCAUGAGCCGCAUCAGGAAUUCUCAAGGAAGAGGUAGACAAAAGGAAGUGGAUGGUGACCCUGCAGCGAUGAUGGUGGAGGUGGAUCUCUUCCUUUCCACUCAGAGGAUCAAAGUGCUGAACACAGAAACUCAGGCGGCCAUGUUGGACCACCCCCUGCGGUCCAUCUCCUACAUCGCUGACAUCGGGAACACGGUGGUGCUGAUGGCGCGCCGCAAGAUGAUUCGCUCCCGCAGCCCUCAGGACCAGCUAGACUCCGCCCUCCACACUAGCCCCGCCCAGAACUCCAGGAGGCAGAACAGGAUGGUUUGCCACGUCUUCCAGUCGGAGGAUGCUCAGCUGAUCGCUCAGGCCAUUGGGCAGGCCUUUACUGUGGCGUAUCAGGAGUUCCUGCGGGCCAAUGGCAUCGACCCUGAGGACCUGAGCCAACGGGAGUACAGCGAGCUCCUCAACACACAGGACAUGUACAACGACGACCUCAUACACUUCUCAAAGACAGAGAACUGCAGAGAUGUGUACAUUGAGAAGCAGAAGGGUGAGAUUCUGGGCGUGGUUAUUGUGGAGUCAGGGUGGGGUUCCAUCCUCCCGACCGUCAUCAUUGCCAGCCUGAUGCAUUCUGGGCCGGCGACACGUUCCGGACGACUCAACAUCGGAGACCAGAUCAUGACCGUCAACGGAACCAGCCUAGUGGGGCUACCCCUCAACACAUGCCAGAGCAUCAUCAAGGGUUUGAAGAGCCAGUCUCGGAUCAAGAUGAACAUCGUCAGGUGCCCCCCUGUUACCAUGGUGCUGAUCCGCCGGCCCGACCUCCGUUACCAGCUGGGAUUCAGCGUGCAGAACGGCAUUAUAUGCAGUUUAAUGCGGGGGGGCAUUGCUGAGAGGGGCGGAGUCAGAGUCGGCCAUCGCAUCAUCGAGAUCAACGGCCAGAGCGUGGUAGCCACGCCCCACGAGAAGAUUGUUCACAUACUGUCCAACGCAGUGGGAGAGAUCCACAUGAAGACCAUGCCUGCUGCUAUGUAUCGUCUGCUAACCGGUCAGGAGCAGCCCAUCUACAUCUGACACACACACACACACACACACACACACACACACACACACACACACACACACACACACACACACA